AUGUAUGUUAUUGAUCUACCACGCCAGUUCUUCAUGGUCCGUUUUGAGCUAGAAGAUGAAUAUUUGACAGCACUUACUGGUGGACCAUGGCGUGCGUUUGGGAGUUAUCUUAUGGUCCUGGCAUGGACGUCGGAGUUCGAUACUCUAGUGGAUGAGAUCGUGACCACUCUGGGGUGGAUCCGUUUGUCGAAUAUUCCGGUUAGCUUUUACCAUAAGGCUCUCUUAAUGAUUAUUGUGAAGGGGCUGGGGAAACCGGUUAAGGUGGAUCUUACUACCCUAAACUUUGAGAGAGGACGCUUUGCUCGCAUCUGUGUGGAAGUUAAUUUGAAAAGACUGUUGAAGGGGACAAUAAUGAUUAACGGAGAGCGGUAUUUUGUGUCAUAUGAAGGGUUGAAAAAUAUUUGCUCUCUUUGUGGCAUGUUUGGUCAUGUUGUGCAUAGCUGCCCUCGUAAAAGUGUGGUACAACCAGUGGAAAAGCCGCAACAGAUUGUCGAAACAAGCUUGAGUACGUCGGGUGAGAAUCGUGGAGAUGAGGGUUUCACGCCGGUCCGGAUGCAGAAUAGACGGUCAACUCCACCGCCGGGGAUGGUUACGUUUGCGGCUGGAGAAGCCAGGGGCAAUUUGGUCAAUGAUUGGGGGAGGACCCAAAUUAAUGCAGAUCCCGUGAAUAUCACGGUUGCUAACAAAUUUGGAAGCUUGAGUGAUUUACCAGUGAUUUCGGGGGAUAUUGAUCAGAUGAUCAAAUUUGAAACACGACGUGGGGUGCAAGGAAAGCCUCAGACUGGUAAUGGGCGGAUGAACAAAGGAUAA